AUGAGACCCCCUCCUGCUCACCGUAGCCCAAACAGUCGCGCCAAGUGGUCCCCCCUUGUUCACACCAUCGCCGAGGCCGGAGAAUCCUUCUCAGGAACAGUUUUUCCUGCAAAGCUGUUCAGCGACGACACCAGCAACACCCACAGUCCUCACGACAACAACGCCGACAACCGACAAGAGACACACGGACCAUCUCUUGAAGGCACGAGCACAAGCCCCUUGGCGCCCUCGCUGGAGCUUAACACUUCCACCGCUGCUGUCCCCACAGGCCGCGAACAGGCCGAAGUACCCCCAGCACUCAAUGACAACGAUGAACAAGAAGAAGAGGCUAUACCCAUGAACAUCCUCCUGAGCGAAAUCCAACGUCUCGUCGCACACGAGUUCGGUGGUCCCAACAAGUCCACCUCAUACCCCACCGUCCUCAAGCCAUUAUACCAAAGACUGCAGGAUUACCACGUCAUGCUCAAGAACGCCCGCAGGAAACUGGACCAACACCAGCAACAGCACCAACAACAACAACGCGGUACCACUCACUUGUCUCCCUCAUCGGAAGCCUUCCCCCCCACAAUCGCAAACCUGCCAACGAAACACUCCCACAACACCAACCUCCCCGAAGUCUCAACAGCCACCACACCAGGCUCUGACGCCUGUAUCCCACAAUUACACCAACGAAUCAUCGAUCUGGAACAACAACUGGCCCAAUCCAGAAGAGCCCAUCAUACCCUCCUUCAGGACCAUAUCCUCAACCUCAAGAAGACGUCAUCCCAUUUCUUGGUUGGUCCAAAUGCUCCUGGUGGUGCUGCAACGGCCAAAUUGCCUGUGUUGGACGCGCGUGCCAUCCAUGGGAUCAUGGCAUCUGUCAAUUCUGACAGUUCUUCGACUCCUUCUCUCCUUUUCUCCUCGUCGGUUCUUGGAGGUUGUGGUAACAACAAGUCCAAGAAGAAGAAGAAAGACUCGACGUUGCCGAGGAAGGAGAGCGGUAGUAGUAGUAGUGGCAGUAGUAGUAGUGUCGAGACCCCGAACGAUAUUUUCCAAGAGACUCUUCAAACCGCACAAGAACUGCACAACCGCCACAUCCGCCAACUAAAAGGUGUCUCCACUAGCACUAGCGCGACCUCCUCCACCGCAUCCCCUACCCCAUCCUCCUCUGACUCGGAACCCUCUCUCAUAUCCAUCUCUAGCCACAACCUCAUCUCAGAAGCAACAACCCACCUCCUCCGCGCCGAAACCGAACUCGGACUCCUCAAACUCGUCAUGGCUCAAAACCAAUCCGAGAUCUCUGGCCUUGAGGAAGAUGUCUUCCGAGCCCAACGAGAGCUCAAGAAUCAUCGGCAGGUCUUUGAGGCAUUAUUGGAGUUGCAUCAUUUGGGGUUUGAGGCCCAGAUUCGGGAGGACCAGGUAUUGAUUAAGGAGUUAGAGAGUAAGGUGAGGAAGUUUGAGGGGCAGAAGGAGGAAGUCGAGAGGGUGGUUAAGAAGCUGGAGGGGGAAUUAGAAGACAUGAAACGGAACCUGAACCAGAAGCGGGAGACGUAUCAGCGGCAGGAACUGCAACUUACUGAUGGACCUGUCCGUGAUCUGGAGGCGGAAAUUGAGCAGCUGAAGAACGAGCUGGCGGCGCAGGAGAUUAAGAUGGCAGAGUACCGGGUCCAGAGUGAGGAUGAAGCGAGCCAGAUGACAGAGUUCUUGGAGAAACAACACAGGGAGGCUACCGCCGAGUUCAAGGCUUCUCUUGUCAAGGCUCAAAGAUCCAACACCCGUCUUCAUAAGGAGGUGACCGCCCUGGUGCAGAAGAUGGUCUCUGUCGAGACCCUGAACGACGAGUACGCCCAACAGACCGCGCGGGAUCGUGCACAACUCUCAGCCCUCCAUCAGCAAACCCAAGACCUCCAGGCCCAACUCUCAGUGAUAUCAACAUCCACCAACUCUCCAACAUCGAUCGAACAACAAACGGAGAUGAAAGCAACAAUCACAUCCCUCGAAACCCAAAUCGAAGACCUCUCAACCUCCCUCCGACUAAAGGAAGAAGAACUUACCCAAGCCCUCCAAAAAACCGAACACCUCCUCCUCAAACUCGACCAAGACCUCCUCGCCCAACAAGAAGACCACAAAACCCAACUAACCGCCCUCACCGAAAAACACCAAGUCCAAGCCCAGCGCGAACGCGCCUGCCAAUCAGCCUCCGUAACCCUCUUCCAAAACAUGGUAACAAAACUCCAAAUAGAACUCUCCGACACUCAAGAAAAACUCCGCGACACAACCCUGUGCUGGGGUCACACCAAGGAGCAGCUACAAAAAUGCGAGCAGAGCUAUAGGAGGAGGAAGAAGGAACUGGAGGAAACGACGAGGAACUUGCAUGAGCUUGAGGAGACGAUGGCCAAGCUGGGUGAUGCGAUUGGCAUGUUGGAGUAUGAGAAGGAGGUGAAUUUGGUCUUGGUUAGGACGCUUGAGGAGCGCGAUAGGGAGAUGAGGGAUAUGGAAUAUCGACUUCGAGUCCUUGAGGACGAGCGUGAUUGA